CUCCCCCCGGAGGAGGGUUCUCUAUGGUCUCCCGGAGCAGUGUGACAGUAUCAGGCGCCGGUCUACCGGUGUCGGUGCCCCGGGUGCCCGGGUAGACACGAUGUCCCUGUUCUCCGCGGUGCUGCUGGCUUUGUUGCUGCUGUUCGUGUGUGCCGUGCUCGUAGGACGAUGGCUGCUCUAUCGCCUGGCCACAAACUGGUGUCAGAGGAAUCUGGGAGCAGACUUAAAAAUCGGGUCGCUGGGUUUCUUCUGGCUCCAGAAUUUCAGCCUGAAGUUUGGGAAGCAGCAUCAAACAUUGGAAAUUGACAGCAUCUGGUUAUCUAGCAAGCUACUGAACCAUGAGUUACCUCACUACUUCGCUUUGUGCUUUGGUGAGGUUCGUAUUCGAACCGACCUACAAGGGAAAUCCGUUACUUUAGGCCGGUCUUCCCGUCCUCCGAAUAAAACGAAAGAAGAAAAGGAAAAGACGUUUCUCAGCCCCUCAGUGUUGAAAAUUCUGUCCCAGCUAAUCUCGGUACAUCUGGACUCCAUCAACAUUAUGGUUCUCAAUGUGGCUGAAUCAGAAUCCCUUUGGCAUAUGACUGUCUCCAGGACAGGACUCAUCCUGGACAGCGAUGGGAAGAGGUUGGGCUGCACUCUCAGCGUCAAUCAGUUGACUAGUAAGUUACUGAAGAGCAGCCAGCAGGAUGAGGCCUGUCUAGCAGAACUGUCUUUGGCUCUCAACAUGGAGUGCAGUGUCAGCGAAAGGCGCCUUCGGUUGGUUAGUCUUCGAGUUCGCAGCCUCCACACCGAGCUGCACGAGAGUCUCUUUCAUAGUGAAUUACGCCACAUGGGUCUUGUUAAGACAGAGCGUGGAAGUGAUGGGGACAGCAGCGCAACAGAAGGACAGGCAGACACAGAAAAUGUUGCGAUGCCAAAGUGGCUACGUAUGGUGGAAAAGUUACCUUGCAAGCUGGAUGUGGGCUUUGAGAACAGCACGGUGGUUCUUUCUAUGAACAGUCAGCAGAGGCAUCUUAACUGGACUUUGAAACUUUUGCAGUUUACUUACACGCGGGAGGAAGACCAGCCGCCCAUGCGCAAGUUCAUUGGCACCUCGGAAUUGGCACAGAUGAGCUCUGAGCUGCUUUUGGAAGAAGGGCUCCUGCUUUCCCAAAGCCGACAGAGGAUCAUCUGCCUGAACCACUUGAGGGCCAGUGUUCAGGUCACCUCUAUUGACAUCCAGAGCACUGUGGCCCUUAACACUUGCAUCAUCCACUAUCGCCACCAGGAGUUUGCUCAUUGGCUCAGCUUGCUGGCGCCGGAACGCCAGUUGCCCAAAUCUCCAAAAGCCUCAACCAAAAAUAAUCGACCACUUCCUGUGAUUUUGGCUCCUAUAAUUUUCAACUCAUCCAUCUCUAACGUUAACGUGUCUGUCCAGCUUGAAGAGGCCCAGCCAUUUGCUGUAGGAUUUUCUUCGGUUUCCCUAGAGCUCAAACAUCUACGCACCCAAAAUCUGCACCAAAGGGCCGUGCUCUCGGUCAGCCACCUGUGUUGGAGAGUUGGGAAGGACUCUCACAUUCUACAGGCUCUGCAUCCACCAAACACACAUGUCUGGGGGGAGGCCUUUGUCCUUGAUACAUUCAGCUUACAGGGCAGCUAUAACCAGUCUCUGGGUGGAAGUAUUGUGCAGGCAGACACUCUCUUCGUAGAGUCCACCGUUCAGGGUCUGCAGGUUGAGUUCUCAGACACCUGUGCGGAAUGCCUUUCCCGUGUACUUGGCCUGCUACCCAACAGGCCAGGAGAUCCUUCUCCAGCCGCCCAAGACACACAAAUUUCCACUACUUCUCCUCGUGAAGAGAUGGGCAACAAAUUGGCCUUGCUGUGGAGAGUGGAUGUCCGUGUGGAAGAAGUGAACCUGUUUACAUUGUCCAACCUGGUGGGUGCUUCCCAGUUUAGAUUGGACCUGCUUACUGUACUGGGGAGUGCAGAGAGCUGCGGUCUGAGUCUGCAGGGAGCGUCGCUGUCUCUCUUGAAGACCGUCACGGAUAAGAUGGAGCCAUGUUGCAAGGCUGCGGACAUUCCCGAACCACUACUGUACUUCACUGCCUUGUGCUCAACCUACUUCACCACUAUUCGUUCUUUAGAGGUACAAUGUGGAGAAGAGUUGGUUUUGCAGUGGAGCCCAUGGGAUCACAUGUACUUGUAUCAACACACUUUGGCAACACUGCAGUGCAGGGAUCUAUUGCUUGCAACUUUAGGCCGGAAGACACGACCCUCAGGGCCAGCUGCGGAGGGGGGAAACGAUAGUGUGCCACAGGCGCAGAAUUCAUUAACCAAGAGCCUUAGUACUGACCCAAGCAUUCCCCGAAAAGGACUUCAGGUUACACUGGAGCUGAGCUCUGUAAAACUGGAGGCUAAUGUUUCACAGGAAAACUGCUUUAUAUUCAGAGCCCAGAACAUCUGGCUGAGCCAAAGUGGGGAGUGCCUUCAACUACGCUCCCCUGAGGUGGCUAUCAGUGCUGAUGGCCACAACAUCUUUCUGUUUAAAGACAUAGAUGCACAAAGACUACCCGAACUGGAAGACAUGCUCCUGCAUCGCAGUCAUUUUCCCUCACUGCUCACGGAGAGGAACAGAGCUUGGGUCCUCUCUCUUAGCAGUGUGUCCAUGGAGUUCCCACACCGCUAUGACUUCUCCUGCAUCCUUGAUCAAGCCAUCGGGGUGCAAAAGUGGCUAAAGGGUCUCCAUCGCACCCCACGGGUUGGGCUUGAACCUCUACCGCCGGACCUUGUGCUGAGGGUCAAGCAGUUUUCAUUUGCCUUCUUGGACGAUGUAUUUGAAGUUAAGUUGAGAGAUAAUUACGAACUGAUGAAGGAUGAAAGUAAGGAGAGCACUAAGAGGUUGCGGCUUCUUGAUGAUAAGGUUGCUGCCCUACGGAAACAACAUGGAGAACUGCUUCCUGCACGAAAGAUUGAGGAGCUGUAUGCCUCCUUGGAGAAAAAGAACAUCGAGAUUUACAUCCAGCGCUCCAGACGCCUUUAUAGCAACACUCCUAUGAGGAAAUCUUUGCUGACGUGGACUUUGUCUGACCUAGAAGUGGUGGCCUUGGCAGAUGAAUCACUGCAUGGACCAGAAAAUGUGCUGGAGAACAUGAGAGACAUUGAUAGCAUGAGUCCCUUUCCAUCUGAAGGGUUACCGCUAGUCAUCCAGUGGUGUCGUGUGAUGAAGUGCUCUCUGAAAACCUUCUAUGUGCGGAUACGCGAUUAUCCUCGCUACCUGUUUGAAAUCCGGGAUUGGCACCUCUCCGGGAGACUUCUGGGGGCCGAGCAGAGCGGACAAGCGAGUGCUCGCCGGAAACAAGUUAUAAAACUAGGCGUCCCGUGGGGCGAUUCUACCGUGGAAAGGAACAUGCCUCCUCUGAAGUUCUUCCAUGACUUUCGCUCUGAAAUACAGCUAUAUACUAUUGUGUGGGGUCCAUGCUGGGACCCAGCCUGGACUUUGGUGGGGCAGUAUGUAGACCUCCUUUCCAAGCCCUCCUUGGAUCCAAGUGCCCCGUUGCCUUGGUGGGACAAAAGCCGAUUGCUCCUUCAUGGACACUUCAGCAUGGACAUCGAACAGGCUAACCUACAUCAGCUGGCUACUGAGGAUCCAUAUAACACUACAGAGAACAUGCACUGGGAAUGGAAUCGCUUGAAGUUUGCCUGGAAUCCUGGGCAGUUCAUCUUUAGAGGAGACUUAGAUGUAAACGUCCGCACAGCCUCUAAGUACGAUGACUGUUGUUUUCUUCAUUUGCCGGAUCUCUACAUGAUCUUUGACCUUCAGUGGCUGUGCCACGGAAACCCCCACGACCAUCAUAAUGUAGCACUUCGUUCCCCCGAUUUUGUAGCAGAUUUCUCAUCUAUCCAACCACAUGACUCUUAUCGUGCCUUCCGUUCUGAAAACCUCAAUCUGUCCAUCAAGAUGGACCUUACACAGUCCCAUGGUGACGUCUCUCAGCCUCGCAUCUUGCUGUACAGCAGCACUCUGCGCUGGAUGCAGAAUUUCUGGGCGACUUGGAGCAGUGUAACUCGCCCCAUCUGCAGAGGAAAGCUCUUUAACAACCUGAAACCGGGCAAGAAAAAGCUUGGACAGCAUUACAAGCAGCUGUCUUACACCGCAUUGUUCCCGCAGUUGCAGAUUCACUACUGGGCGUCAUUUGCGCAGCAGAGAGGAAUCCAGGUAGAGUGCAGCCAAGGGGAAAUCUUCACCCGUGGAGUGCAGAGGCUUAUUCCACAGGCGGGCACUGUGAUGCGCCGUCUCAUCUCCGAAUGGAACGUCCCACAGAUGACCAGUAAGUUAAGCCUGGUGACUGUGCAUCUUAUGGCUUCAACGUGUGACGAGAAUGCUGACCACCAACUAGACUGCCAGGUUCAGAAAACACAUCUGCUGAGCCUGUCCUCUCUGAGCUAUGACAGACAGGAACUGUCUGCCACCGAUGAAGACAAUGCCAUCUACACCCAUCGCUUACACCUGGUGGAUCUCCGAGCUUCUUGGACCACUCUGAAUAGAGAUAUUGCAUUUGGGCUGUAUGACGGCUACAAGAAGGCAGCAGUUCUGAAACGUAAUCUGUCUACUGAGGCUUUGAAAGGGCUUAAGAUUGACACGCAAAUUCAGUCCAAAAAGCUGAAGCGAGGCUCCGUGCGCAGCUUCCCCCCUCCCAAAAAGGUUGCCGCACCUGUUGUCACUGGACGGACCGAAAGAUCUCCUUCAGGAGGAGCUGACAUGCUACAAAAAUUGAUAGAGGAGACGGAUAAAUUUGUGGUGUUCACAGAGGAGGAAUCUGGGGUGAGCGAGCAACUCUGUGGCAAAGCUCCCUGUCAGGACAAAGACAUCUAUAACCACAACUGGCUUAUUGAGCUGGUUAACUGCCAGAUGGUGCUUCGAGGAGCAGAGACAGAGGGUUGCGUCAUCGUAUCUGCAGCAAAAGCUCAGCUUUUGCAGUGCCAGCACCUUCCCUCUUGGUAUGGAGACACGCUGAAGCAAAAAACCUCUUGGACAUGCCAGCUUGAUAGUAUGCAGUACUUUGCCACCACGGAGAGCAGCCCCAGUGAUGAAGACGACGGCCAGCGGUGGCUGGAGGUGAAAAACAUAGAAGAGCAUCGUCACCGGAACCUGGAUUCGGUGCAAGAGCUGAUGGAGAGCGGUCAGGCUGUCGGGGGAAUGGUCAGCACCACCACAGAUUGGAGUCAACCAGCUGAGGCCCAGCAAAACCAGCAGGUUCAAAGGAUAAUUUCCCGUUGUAACUGCAACAUGUAUUACAUGAGCUACAGCCAUGACAUUGAUCCUGAGCUGGCCAUGCAGAUUAAACCUCCCCCAACCCCUCUGCACCCCGAGAAAGAAGAUUUGCUGAAAAGGCAGGAAGCUGCAGCAGAUACUUUUACUCUGAAACACCCGCACCUGGAGAUAUCCACCAACCCUGCCCAGUAUGCAAUGAUCUUGGAUAUCGUCAACAACUUGUUACUACACGUAGAGCCCAAGCGUAAAGAGCACAGUGAGAAGAAGCAGCGGGUCCGGUUCCAGCUGGAGAUCUCCAGCAACCCGGAGGAGCAGCGCAGCAGUAUCCUCCAUCUUCAGGAAGCAGUGCGCCAGCAUGUACUGCAAAUACGCCAGCUGGAGAAACAGAUGUACUCAAUCAUGAAAUUACUCCAUGAUGAAAGUAAAAACGACUCUCUCCACGAGCAGCACCAAAAGCUGCAGAGCCAGCUCUGUCAGGAGAAAUCAGACCUGCAACAGAAGAGCGAGGAGCUAAACAUCCUGAUCAGGUGUUUCAAAGAUUUCCAGCUUCAGAGAGUAAACAAGAUGGAGCUCCGCAAGCAGCUAGAAGAUGUGAGUGUGGCUCGUCGUACUGAAUUCUACUUCACACAGGCACGCUGGCGCCUGACUGAGCAAGAUGGACAGCUGGGCAUCGCGGAGCUAGAGCUGCAGCGUUUCUUGUAUAGCAAGGUCAAUAAGUCUGAUGACACUGCAGAACAUCUGCUGGAGCUGAGCUGGUUUACCAUGAACAAUCUGCUCCCCAACGCGGUCUACAAGGUAGCCCUGCGGCCACAGAGCCCAGGCCAGUCUGGGAGGCAGCUGGCGCUUAGGAUCUUCAGCAAAGUCCGCCCGCCUGUCGGGGGCAUUUCUAUCAAAGAGCACUUUGAGGUGAAUGUGGUGCCUCUCACCAUACAGCUCACACACCAGUUCUUCCACAGAAUGAUGGGUUUCUUUUUCCCCGGGCGCAGUGUGGAGGAAGAAGAAGUUGGGGAUGAAGAGGAUAAAUCAAAGCUUGUUACAACAGGAAUGCCGGUAGUAAAGCCGAGGCAGCUUAUUGUGGCUGAAGAUACCGUGUCUCUUGGCCAAGGAAAAGGAGCUGGACAGGGUUUAAAUCGGACGACAGGAGUUAGAAGAUCUUUCCGGAAAGCGCCUGAGCACCCUGUGGAUGACCUGGAUAAAAUGAAAGAGAGAGCUGCCAUGAACAACUCCUUCAUCUACAUCAAAAUCCCACAGGUGCCUCUGUGUGUCAGCUACAAGGGUGAGAAGAACAGUGUGGACUGGGGUGACCUGAACUUAGUAUUGCCGUGCCUGGAAUAUCAUAACAACACAUGGACUUGGCUGGACUUUGCCAUGGCGGUGAAGAGGGACAGCCGCAUGGCCCUGGUGGCGCAGGUGAUUAAAGAGAAGCUACGACUGAAACCUGCUGCCGGUGCAGAAACCAAAGGAAAAGGAGAAGCUAAAACAGAUAUGAACCAGCAGGAGGAAGAUGAGAAGGCCCGGCUGCUCAUCGGACUUAGCAUGAGUGACAAAACCUCCAGCAAGAAGUCCAUAUUUGGGAGGCGGAAAUAAGUCACUGAGUUACGUCCUCAGAAAGUCCAGAUAACGGAGACUGUGGAAGCCAUAUCUACAUGUUCUAGGCUGCUAGAUAACAUUGUGAGGUGAUGGACUGAGUAUUAUCACUUUGGGUUAUGGCUUCCAGCUCGGCGUUCUGAAAACAUAACUGAAGUAGAAGACAUCACGAGAGAGAAAAGGGCGCUCACCUGUCCCGUGGGCUGUCGCCGAUGCCAGUGAAUUGUUUAGAUGGAAAGAUGAUUAUGAUCUUCCAGCUGUUUCACAACAACCCUGGUCAUUUCCCUCUAAUUUUCUGACACAGAUCGAGAUUUGACUUCUGUCCGGUGUUAUCAGAAAGUACAUUCAGUGAAUGUU